AUGUCAACUCACUUGGUCAAGAACGGCGGACUGGGAAAUGUACUAUAUAAUGAAGCCGUUGUAUUCUCGGGCCAUGAAGGAGCUGUUCUCUCAGCCCAGUUCAGUCCCUUUGGUGACAAUAUAGCCUCUGGAGGCAUGGAUCGAGACAUCUUGCUCUGGAAACUUCCCAUAGAUCCUGAAGAAGAGCUACCGAAUUAUGGUAUUUUACAUGGCCAUAAGGGGGCUAUAACGUCUUUAAGAUGGACACUGGAGUAUGGAUUAUUUUCUGGCUCCUCAGACACGACAGUGGCAUUCUGGGACGCUGAAACUGGAACCAAGAAGCGAGUAGGCAAGAGCCACUCUGCGAUCGUGAAUGAUUGUGCUUAUACUAGUCAAUUGGGGUUCUCUGUGGGUGAUGAUGGGGAUGCAAUUGUUUGGGAUGAGAGGGAGAAGAACGAAGUGCACAAGUUUCAGCUGGAAUACCCUUUAAUGGCUUGCGAGGCAUCUCGGGACACUAUCUAUGUGAGUGGAAUUGACUCCUACAUCAGAGCAUACGAUUUGAAAACGAGAAAACUCGCUUGGAAGACUCAAGCAUUCAUGGCUCCCACGACAUCUUUGGCACUCAGUCAUGACGGCAACAUGCUUGCAGCCAGAUCGAUGGAUGGUGAGAUUAGGCUAGUCAGCACGAAGAGUCUCAUGACAGAAGGAAUAAGCAGGGUUGGAAAAGCUUACGACGGAAGCGUUGGUGGGCCGCAAAAAAAUCUUGUUAGAGUUGCAUUUUCAGCGGAUGAUAGUCUACUAGGCCUGGGAUCAGAGGACCCCACGUCUGUGGUUUGGGGGAGCGCUUCUCGGCGAAUGGUCCACAAGCUCAAUGAUCACGGGAAGGCAGUGUUGGAUGUGAACUUCCACCCAACCGAGAAAAUUAUGUUGACAGCUUCUGCGGACUCUACUUUGGUAUUGCGAGAGCUCUAA